CGAGGAGGCGGGGCGGGAAUGCUUGGGCUGAAGCAUUAAGGUGGUGGGGAAGGAAGGGCUGCUGCCGCCGCUGCUGAGGCUCGGGGUCGGCUGGGCAGGAGCGGAGUUUAGGUGCGGAGCCAGGGCGCGGGAUGGCUUCCGAGGGGGAGCCGGGGGGCUUGGCCAAGGUGGUCCAGGUGUUGGUCCUGUCCGGUGCCUGGGGCAUGCAGGUCUGGGUUACCUUCAUCUCAGGUUUUGUGUUGUUCCGGGGCCUGCCUCGACACACCUUUGGACUGGUCCAGAGCAAACUCUUCCCCUUCUACUUCCACGUCUCCCUGGUCUGUGCCGCCAUCAGCCUGGGCAUCUUCUUGUUCCAUCACCCAUUGGUGAAGCUCAGCUUUACCCUGGCAGAAGCUGGUCAGCUGGGCCUGCUGGCUUUGAGCCUGUCUCUGUCGGGCCUGAAUGCUCGGUGGCUGGAGCCCAAGACUACAGCUGCUAUGUGGGCCCUGCAGGCAAUGGAGAAGGAGCGAGGUCUAGGUGGGGAACCCCCAGGACCUCCCCAGGCCCAAGGCCAAGACCCCUAUCGGCGGCUCCGAGAGCAAGAUCCCAAGUAUCGAGCCCUUCGGCAGACCUUCUUCCACUAUCAUGGCCUCUCCUCCCUCUGCAACUUGGGAAAUCUACUUAGCAAUGGCAUCUGCCUUGCCUUCCUGGCACUGCACCUCCAAAGCCUGUAGGAAGUAGGACCUCUUCUCACUGCCCAGAGGAGGGGUUCCAGCUCCUUGUGGGCCAAAAUCUAAGCUACAUAGACCACAUUCACUUGGAUUCUGCUCAGCUGACUUUGGAUCACGAAGCCAAGAAAUAGAGGAGGUCUUGCCUCCUCCCUUAUUCUCUGUCCUUCCAGGGCCAUGGCUUCGAAUUCCUGUCAUGCUGCUAUUUGCCUUUUCUGACCCAGGACACGCUUCCUCCUUCCCCUGGCUGUUCCAGGUGUUGGAUGUGGCUACCUGGGCCAGAACUGGAGACUUUCUGCCACUGUGAUUCUGUAUCAUGUAUUUCCUAUUAAAAAAAAGGGUUUCUCACAA